AUGGUUCUUCAACUCCGCAGGGUACUUGGAUUUUAUCCCCAUAGAAGACGCACACUUCUCUUCCAUCCUGACGGAGAGAGGUGUAUCUAUAGUAUUGGCUCGACUAUAGUGAUUUCUUCUUUUACUGAUCCCGAGAAUCAGACGAUUCUCCGUGGCCAUGUGGGCACCGUGAGUCAUAUGGCCUUGGACCCUAGUGGUCGCAUGCUGAUCAGUGCAGAAGACGGAGAGGAUUCGGAUGUUUGUAUCUGGAAUUUGGAGACAGAUAGCCUGCACUUCCGCUUUUCCGAGCACGAUUUUGGGGUGUCCUCUGCCAAUUACAGCGCAGAUGGUUUAUUUUAUGUUUCGUAUGGUGCCCGCGACAAGAUGAUCUUCAUCUCCGAAGCAGCCACUGCUGAUAUCGUUUGCAAGCGGAAAAUUGGUGACCUGGACCUGGCAUGUGUCUUGUUCGGUGGGAGAAUCAAGGACGAGCGUGGAAGAAAGCUUGCGCUUUAUAAUCUAUUGGGUUAUACCCAGUCAGGGGCUAUCGUAUCUUUUACAUUCGAUCCCAAGACCUCAACCAUUCAGCCCAUUCCUUUAACAACUGGCCCGGUGAAACGCGUAAUCCGAGACAUCGCCCACUGCACUAAGGACAGAUCAUUGAUGAUAGCUGGAUCCAUGUCCGGGGAAAUAUUGGUCAUUGAUGCGGUGAAAAACACCUUCUUGAGCUUCAUCCAAUUACCCAAUGGCGCACCAAUAGAAUGCAUUGUGGUAUUUCCGGGAGAAAGCAAAGACUUAGAUAGUAUACGACCUGUUUAUACCACAUAUGAAAGGUUGGAUGCAUUUGAUGAGACCAUUGCUGCAGGUGGUCAUGGAUUUAUAUCAAUAAUUAAAGGCCAGGGGAAGAACUGGGAUGUGUCUUCAACCCUCAGCGUUCCCGGGCGAGUUACGAACCUUGCUGCUGAUUCCCUGGGUCGUAUUCUCGCAGGGACAGAUAACGGGAGUAUCAUUUUAAUAAUUCAAGAAGGCUCUUCUUACAAGGCCGUUCCGGUAAGCGAGAAUCACAUUGCCCCGGCAACGUCCGCGUGCUUUGCAGGAAACGGGGACGCAACGAUGCUUAUUACCGUUGCGGCGGACAACACCUGCCGUAUUUGGGAUCUUAAAGAUUUCUAUCCUGGGUUAACAAUAGACGUGUCGCCAAACUCGCCGUCUGCCGUCUACCUGAACGAGAUCCAGAUUUUAGUUGGCUGUACAAACGGAGAUCUAUUAAUCUAUGACAUUGAGAACGGCGAUAAAUUGCUGACUAUCCAAGGCGCAGAUCGGAUCGCAGUUACUAGCCUCUACGGUCACAGGACGCGCAUUUUGGUGGGAGGGUCUCACGGGGACGUCCGCGAGUGGGACCUAAGAAGCAGGAAGAUGAUUGGUGGUCACAAGGAGCAUACACUACGUGUUGCGAAUCUUUCUUUAACUGGCGAUGGAGUAAUCGUUUCGGCAGCAGAGGACAAGUAUAUAAUUGCAUCUAAAAAUGGCACUCGUGUCUCCGAUUUCCUUGCAGAGGGGCCUAUCAGAGGAAUGACGUUGAUCGGUGACGUAUGUGCAAUAUCUUGUGGCCGGAUAGUUGCUCUGGUUGACGUCCCCAAGCGGCGUCAAUUGAAUAAGAUAGAGCUAGGGUCAAGAAUGACCAGCAUAACGCACAAUAGUAAGUACAUUUUCGCUGGCAGCGAAGCAGGGACGCUAUACGUAUUCACACACGGAUUAGAGCUGGUUGAGGAAAUACCUGCCCAUGCUGCAGAUAAAGAUUUGCAUCACAUGUCAUGCACAGAGGAGUGGCUUUGUACCAUGGACAAUGAUGGCUGUGUCAUGGUGUGGUCAAUGUAG